GUAAUUUUGGCUUUUACCCGAGGGACUAAAAUGAAAAUUUUGGAAAAGUUUGAUAACCGAUGUUGUUUCGAAGCUUUUGAGGAUAGAGCAAGGGGGUUAGAGAAUUUUGGAGGAAGAUGGGUGGCGUUGGUGCUAUGGUGAAGGGAGCUUCAUAUUCAUAUGCUGUGUUUUGUGGUAGCUUUUUGAGGUCUCCGAGGUUAAGCUUUAGCAUUCAUAACAAGAAGGAGAAGUUGUUGAAGUUCAGGAGCUUCUCAUCUAAGAGCACAUGUCCCUCUCUCCAACCACCAGAUGUGUCUCGUUUGGCAAAAACAGCUCAAAUUUCUCUCACCCCAGAUGAGAUUGAAGAAUUUGCUCCAAAGAUUCAACAGGUGAUUGACUGGUUUGGGCAACUUCAUGAUGUUGAUCUCCAAAGCGUUGAGCCCUCCAUUAGAGCAGAGACCGAAAACAAUUUGCGCGACAAUGUCCCGGAAACAUUUGAUCACAGGGAUGCGAUGAUUGGUGCUGUUCCAAGCUAUGAGGAGCCGUAUAUUAAAGUUCCAAGGGUCUUAAGUAUGGACUAAAAACUUUGUAAAGGUUUCGACUGGCUUUUUUACAAGCUGGUGAUCACCACUUUAGUUCUCAGAAGGCAAGAGUUAUAGCAGUUGAUGCUAAAACUACCAGCAGACACUAAACUGUGUUUUUUUUGGAGCAUUUGAUUGUUUUCAUAAGUUCAAAGUUUUGUUUGCAAUUUUCUAAUCUCCAAAAAGAAAGAAACAUUCUAGAUA